AUGCCAGUGGAAGGAACAAAUCACUCUGUAGUGUCAGAGUUUGUGUUUGUUGGACUCACCAAUUCCUGGGAUAUGCAAGUACUUCUCUUUGUGUUCUCCUCCAUGUUUUAUGUGGCAAGCAUGACAGGAAACUCCCUCAUCAUCUUCACGGUGGCUUCUGAUCCUCAUUUACACUCCCCCAUGUUCUUUCUGCUGGCCAACCUGUCCUUCAUUGACUUGGGCGUUUCCUGUGUCACUUGUCCCAAAAUGAUUUAUGAUCUGUUCAGAAAGUACAAAGUCAUCUCCUUUAAAGGUUGUGUCACUCAGAUCUUCUUCAUCCAUGUCAUUGGUGGUGUAGAGAUGGUGCUGCUCAUAGGCAUGGCCUAUGACAGAUAUGUUGCCAUAUGUAAGCCUCUCCAUUAUUUGACAAUUAUGAAUGCAAAAAUGUGCAUCUUCCUCUUAGUGGCUGCCUGGGUAGCUGGUCUUAUGCAUUCUCUGGUUCAAUUUGUUUUUGUGGUAAACUUACCUUUCUGUGGACCAAAUGUGUUGGAUAGCUUUUACUGUGACCUUCCUCGGUUCAUCAGACUUGCUUGCAUUGAUACCAACCAACUGGAGUUAAUGGUUUCAGCCAACAGUGGAUUCAUCUCUGUGGGUUCCUUCUUCAUAUUGGUCAUAUCUUAUGUUGUCAUCCUAGUCACUCUUCAGAAACAUUCUUCGAUUGGUUCCUCCAAAGCUCUGUCCACACUUUCAGCUCAUAUCUCUGUGGUAGUCCUGUUCUUUGGUCCUUUGAUAUUCUUCUAUACAUGGCCUUCUCCUUCUACACAUUUGGAUAAAUUUCUGGCCAUAUUUGAUGCAGUUGUCACUCCUUUUCUGAAUCCUGUGAUCUAUACACUGAGGAAUCAAGAAAUGAAGACAGCAAUGAAGAGAGUGUGCAGACAGCUAGUGAGACAUGGGAGGAUCUCUUAA